AUGAGUGAGUCGCUUUGCAUGUUUCAAAAUGCUCUCCCUGCGUCGCUAACCAGUUGGUGCUUUCUUCCAUGGGAGUCCAGGGAUAGGGCACGUGAAGAAUCCGAGGGGGCCGUUGCGUCCCUGAUCAAUGGCGUGGUUCAAGCUGCACACUUGGGAGACGAUAAAGGGAUGGUACAAUAUGUGGAAAAGUACUUCUGCCUCAGAACAACGGGGCACCGCUUCAGCGAGCAGGAUAGGGUGAUCUUGGCAGACAUCUUCUUACGUAAGGCCAUCGACAUCUCAGAAAGUCAGUGUAUGCCGUACGUUGAUGUUGCUAGGUACCUUAAGAUAGGCGCAAAUCUGCUACAGAGCGACCCGCCCCCGCGCAUCGUUAUAGAUUGGCGCCCCCUCAUGAAGCUCUUCAUACGGCAGGUCUUCAUAGGGACAUCUAUUCUUCUCACAGAUAACUACGACACUGAGCAGAGAUUUGGCAUAGCGUGUGAGGACACAUUCUUUAUUCUGGCCAGAUACUAUGAUGUCUCUGAGUGGCCUUCCAUCAGAGAAGAAAUUGACCAUUACAUAGCAACAGUAAAGGGAAGAGACAGUAUCUUUAGGUACGUCUGUUUUCUCACCUAUUUCCUCCCGUCGACCACCUCACUACCGCUCAUGGGCUUUUAUCUCUACAAGAAGAAUCUUACAGAGAAGAGAUUAAAGUUCAAUCAUCCUAUAUUCAGCACCGCAUAUGCAUCAAUAGAUGACUCCAUGCAAUCAAUAAUUGAGACAACUUCCUCAUUUCUGCUCGCAACACACGACCUUUAUCAGAGCCUUGUUGAUGAGCUCAUAGACCUCCUCUCUGCAUACCAGAAUAACGGGGUAACAUUUUUUCUCAUGCAGAUGCUCACCUCAUUACUAAAUACUCGCCCAGAUAUAGAUUUUACCACCACUCGCUACAUUCACGUAAUCUUUAAAGUCAUAAGCGUUUACUCCGGAUUUAGAUAUCAGGUAGACUCUUCGGCACUUUCAGACCUCAUAUUUUUUUCAGAGCCUAAGGAGGGGUACCGAGACGAACUCGUCAUCCCCGAGUGGGUCUUUACUUUAGUGAAGUCUCCCAUGCUGAUGGAUAGACUGGUCACCAUGACAAGUGACCUGACAUUUAAUAUGAUAUAUGCCGGUGUGCGCUGGAACAAUUUUCUGGCCAUGACUUCCAAUGCAGAGAACCAGGUGGUCACCUCUGAGAACUUUAUCAAGGAUAAUAUUUCGGCCGGAAAGAACCCUUUUUACAACUUUUUCCUGCAUUACUUUCGAUCUCUUCCUCAAAGUUAUGAGAAGUUGGCCGUUCCAACGAGACAAUUCAUCUUCAUUUUUGCUCACACCCUGAGUUUUCAUUACACUACCCAGCAGUGCUAUAUACGAAUGGUGCAACCUAUCUAUCAAGGCCUCCUUCCCUUUCUGUUUACCAUUGAUCUUGGCAUUUUCUAUCCCCAAGUAUAUAUAAUCCGUGACAUACUCUUUAAUCCGGCCAAUUACCAAUAUGCAAAUCGCGCUAUAUGCAUCUCUAUCACUGAGACAUUGUUUAAGGUUUAUCCAUCUGUGCUGCUGCCCCGGUUGGCGUGGCUUAUAAACACUACUGUGCACCAACUGGAGGACCGUCAAGCGUGCUACAAGUUUGCGUACUACACGACACUACAUGCGAUGCCAGCGUUUAUUGAGAAAUGCUUUGAUGGCCAUGCCCAUGAUUCAGGUGCAAAGGUUCCUUCUGCGCUUACUCACCUGAUUGAUGAUCCCUGGGCCCACGUGUGUGGCCCAAACACCAUGGACCAGCUUACUCCAGAGUUUCUGGUGUUCGUUUUUUCAGUUUAUAGUCGAUUUUUAUCAGUAAUUGACCUCAAAUUGUGUCAAAUUUCCUUACUAUUGUUUCUGCACCUAUUCUCAACGAUCCCAUUUACUCAAGAGCUUGCUGAUGCACACCCCCAGCUUGUUGACCUUGUUUCUCUCUAUUUAGAUAAGGUGUUCACCUUGCUCGCAGAGCUCAAUGAGAUAUCUAAGAUGUCUCCAGUGUCGAAGGAGAUGGAUCAGCAAAGCGCUGACCUCAGCUUCAAACCACCAUAUGUAUAUGAUAACUCUAAAAUCUCAAUCAAUCCACACAUUCUCCGCUUGUCCUUUGCGUCACUCUUGGCGAAUAUGUCUCCUACCUUACUAAAUAGGCUUAUCAUUCCACGCAUUCUUGCAUUUAUCAAGGAGAAUGAGCUGCUGUCGAUAAAAAAGAAGAUACAGGCUGUCUUUAGCGGCGUUACUAUGGGACUGCUUUCUGGUAUGCGCCCAGAUGGUUCUUCCCCAGUGACGAGCCCUAAAAAUAGUAUGUUAAAUACUCUAUAUAAAAUCGUUCUCGAUAACCACUUCCAGGGCUUCUCCACCCUGAAGUGGACGCUUGUGCUACUCCAGGGGCUGGUCCGGUUUGACCAUUGUGUGCACUUGCACUCACGGGGAAGUGAGCUCCGCUCUUUCCUGCUGUCUCUGAUGGAUAAGCCUGAAGUUCUCCUGACUCGGGAUGACACGGUGCAGCUUGUGCAGCGUUCUUCCGGCAAGUGCGUAGACUAUCCUCAGACACUCUAUAUACACCUCCUCAAAGUGUUAAGGGCGUCCUGCAGAGCCCUGACCCUACCAUACCCUAUGGACUGGACCAUAGGCCAGCCAUUUGAUAGGCACUUUCCCCUAUCUCUCUGCACACCAGAGGACAAGGAGGCCAGGAUUCUAUAUCACCGAUUGAAAAUCUAUCCCCAGACACAAGUUAUCUGGUCGCAACCAACCCUGGAGGGGCGCAGCUGGGUGAUGACGCUCAUGCUUCCCUUUACCAAGCUACUCGAUGAUAAAAUUAAGCAGAAGGAAGAUAUACAGAACGUCCUAUGGUCAUACAAGUUGAUCUUUAAGGUGCUAGCACUGCUUUCGAGGUCCUUCUACACUCCCUCAAAGGAUCCAGACACAACUUCAGUACGGAAGAAGCAUCUGUUGCAUACCCCUCAUAUUCCGCAAAUGAUACAAUACUGUGAGUCGUUUGGCAUCUCCCCCGAUGCGCCACUGUUUUCUCUACGGCACGAGCAGAUGCGUAAGUACAAGAUAUUGCCAUCUGAUCCACGUAUUUAUCUGUAUAUGGGCGUAGAUGGGCCUACUGAGUCAAGGGAGAGCUCGCUGUGCAACUGGAUGCACACCCUAACAGGAGCCCGUGGAGUGCUAGAACAUCAGGCUGCACAUCAGCAUCAGGCUGGAUCAUUCCCCCUUCCUCUGUCAAGUGAUUACCCCGAAGAGCUCACUAACGCGUUGCUGGAAGUCUUGAAAGACAAGCUGGCGUUGCGCGGUCCUAAUUCCUCUUCUUCAAUCAAUUGCUUGGACAACACAGAUACCAUAGACCUGAUUGAUAUUUACGGAUAUUUUCUACGGAAAAAUGAGCACAAAGUAUUACAUGCUACCACUAGCUUUGCAUUGACGGAGCCACCUUUGAAGCAAGCUCAUGUAAAAAUAAGGCCUCCUGCCCCAGAAUAUUUUGUACAGGAGACAUUUUACGAGGGAUUUCUUCAAUACUUGGGAAAGCUCUUCCAGUCUUCUCUUGUCGAGCCGCGAUAUGCCAAACUCAUAGCCCGGACGAUUGAGAUAGCAGUGACAAACAAGGCAGGAUACAACUUAACUAAAGCGCUGAUUGUGGCUCGAACUAUAUCCGAUAAACUUUGUUCCUCCUCACUGUAUGCGCUCGUACCAGACUUCCACUGUACUUACGAACGCAAUCUACGAGGAAUGGGUCUGCACCUUGCCCGGCACGCUUUUGGAGAGACAGACAGCUACAAUAAUUCGCCAAAUAUUUUGAGGUACUACUUACAAAUGGCGGAAUAUAUCCUUCUUCUAUCUGUGAGCUAUGACGAAAGCGUUUCAAAGGUGGCCAUUUAUGUGUUAGGAAGAUUGAUGAAUGUCUUGGACAUUGAAGGAGACUGCUAUAGAUUUUAUUCUAGAUUGAUAGAGCCGUGCUGCAAGUACUUGACUAAGUACGAGGAGGUCCGUGCAGAUCAAUUGUUACCAUCGUCCUCAUCUAGUGAUGCUGCUGACGGUACCUCUAACGGAGACAACGGAUCCGAAGCUGCCCACUUCGAUGAAAGCGACAUUUCAAAGAUGCAAGAAAUUAUCAUGGAGGAGGUGUCUGAACGACUGGAGCUCCUCGCCAAGGAGGGUGUUCAAAUUACAGAGGAUCUUAUGAACAAGGUGUUAGCUGAAGUAAUGGCCAGCUCUGGACUGAAGGCAAGCACUGCUGAUAUGAUCGCACAGCUAACUGACGAUGAGAAACAAACCAUCAACCCGGAAGAAGACACCUUUGAGGACACACGAGAAGAGGCCACCACUCCCUCGCUCCCCGCUUCGGGCACACACAUGACACAUCUUCGCGCUGCUAGAACGGUGCGAUACUUUCUGCAUCUCUCUCAGUCGCUAACUUUUUAUAUGAAGAAGAGCAGUCGGUUCGAUGACUUUAGCCGGCUGUUCAAGCAUUUAUAUGAGUGUAAGAAUGAAACAGUCCAUGUCGAUGCAAAUGAAAUGGCAAACUACAUGAUGUACUGGGAGCCUACGCACCCUGCUAUGGAACUGAGUCUAGGAGGCCUGGGGCUCAUUUCCAUUCUGAAUCAAUCUGACACGCACGGUAAGCAAGGCGUGCUUGAGCUAUACAAGGUCAGGCUUCCCUCGAGGGUUUGUCCUCUCAUGAGCGCGGACCCUCUCAAGACAAUACUGCCCCUUUCGGCGGAUGACACAGCCCUGCUCAGCUCCCGCAGAAAGAGGGAGGCCUAUGCAUAUGUUGACCUCUUGUCCCAUGCACAGAAGAAUAUGAUCGCCAGCCCAGAUAUCCACGGCGAUGCAUGGCGGAGCGUGUAUGUGUCGGCUAAGUCACACAUUCUAGCAAUGACGUAUGGACUUCCAACGGCCAUCGAGUUUGUAGACCGCCUUCUUGAUUGCAUCCUGGCUGGAAAUGUCAUGCUGAUGGACCCGCUAUUAAGCGACAUUGUCGAGCUGACCAUUUUCUACAAGCCGUACAACAAUUGUGGCUAUAAGUUCCCAGACACGAUGCUAGGGUUCUACGAAUAUCGAGAUGAAGUUGUAACCUUCGCACGCACCAAGUAUGAGCUCCACUUGGCUUCAUUUUCAGACCUGCGCAGCUAUCUCCAACAACCAGAUACUCAAAAGAAGCUUGCUGAUGUGGUAAUGAAGUUCACAACUCUCAACUGUCAGGAACACCUGUCACACGAUGAUGAAUCGGAGAUGUCUGUAACGGAUUUAGACGCAAUCUUCCUAACAAUCUGGAGCAAUCUGUGUGCCAUCGCUGGAGAUCAAAACAGCCUUGCCAUGUUCAUGCUUAGAUAUAUAGAGCGGUAUCUCGUAGAGACCCCAGCAGAAAAGCUUCAGAAGUGCGGCGGUCAUAUACUGGCUGAAGUUGUAGGAGCAGCCAUCAAGUCUUUGAAGUACAUGGACAACAUAGAGCACAGGAUAGAGGAGGCCUCAACACUGUUUGUGAGCAUUCUCAGCCAGAUAAUUCAAAAGGAGGAUGUGCAGACAGGAGAAACAUGGCAGGUCCUUAUAACCCUGCUAUUUGACCAUAAUACAAAGGGGCUGUUAGACUCUAUAGUCACUAGGUAUAUCUCUUACAUUAAAAAGGCUUUCGCUGAGGCCAGCACAAGUGCAAAUGUGCGUGCCAGCGCUCUUUUGUUUUUGGGGUUUUUCAUGGACGCUGCGUAUGGGGUCAAUCGGGAUCUGCAGGAGCAGAUUGCCAAGGAAGUUGUUACGUUUGUGAUGGAGAACGAACUCUAUAAUGCGCUCAAAGUUUUACGCGAGGCCACCACAGCUGUUCUCGGGGUAUCUCUGAACGUUCUUUUGAAGGCCAAGACUAACGCAGCAGCAGCAAUAGCAACAGCAACAGCAGAAAAAGAAGAAGAGAACUCAACCAGCACUCUCUUGCAGCGAUAUUGCAGUCUGUUCAACAGGGCUGUUGAAGCAUGGUCUGUAGACCCAGCACAGGAUGAAAAAAGGCACACAAAUCUAAUUUCAACGAUUGUGCAGGGAACAGCCUGCGCCAGCAUUUAUGGAAAGAGCAUCCAGCUUUCGCAAUUCAUACUCCAUAACUUCCUUGACUCUCUGGUAAAUCUCCAAACUCACAAGGAUUCAACAGAGGUGAGAGCAGAGGCGUCGGCCAUGAUCCUUCUGAUUGUCAGUGCAGAGCUUCCCAUGGACUUGAUCCAACGGCUACUCUUCGAAACACUCCCGGGGCUAAUGCAGAAGUACGCAGGAAGGUGGCGCUCUAUAAUUUGCAUAUAUGAGUUAGCUGCACGACUGUUGAAGAUAGGAUCACUGAACAUGCUCUCGAGCGAUGAGGCAGGAAGCCUGGGGGCAUCCCUAGAGGUGCUUACACGUUCAGUGAUGAAGUUGUACAUAAUAGAGUACGGGAUCACUGUGCAGCAUGACGAACUAGUAAGCGCCACGGGUGAAUUCUUUACCGUUCUUAUGAGUGGGAUGUCGUCAGCCUUCCAGAAGCAGGCUCUUGCAGAUCUCAUUGCUGCUGGCAAACAGCGCGGGGAGCCUAGUAAGAGAUUGGUUGUUGUUGAAUGCAUCUCUGCGUUCCUAAAGUCCUGGAAUGAGCACAUACCAGUACACGUAAUUGAUGCGCUCAUAUUUCUUUCCAAGUUGGGUGCGAGCAAGCACGAGGCCGUCGUGCAAUCUGUGAAGCGCUUCUUCCUGUGGUUCUGGAAUCUGUACUAUAUGAAGUUUGAUCAGAUAAGUUGCGUUUUUACUGAUCAACAGAUUGCUGCUCUCAAAUGUAUGCGCGUCAACACAGAGUACAUCAUAUAG